AUGUCAAUACUCUCCACAACAGUGCAGCUCCAAAGAAGCAAAAUUCUAAGUAAUACUCACAUAAAUCAUCAUCUUGCACAUCCUAAAUCCUGGAAUUCUAAUCCAUUGAAGAGGAGCAUCUCCAUAAAGAAGCCAGAUCAUUGGCCGGUGCCGCAUGGAACCAAGACCUCGUCAGGUCAAGGAGGCCGAGAUUUUGGCAGACCAGAAAGGGUUCAUAGAUUACACUCUGCUAUUAAGAAUCGAAGCAUUAAAGAAUGUUUGGAUUUGGCUGGUGAAGAAUGCCGAGACUACUACAAUUUUCUUCAGACCGUUGAUCCUUUUGAGUUGAGUAAGAAAGCGCUUGGAAUAUUCCAUGCUUUCUUAGUGGCAAACCGGGUACAGUUUGUGAUCAAGCCGACCAGGGAUGAGGGAGUGGAUCUUGGCAUGAAAUGGCGUCUAGAAUGGAAAGAGACUCAUCUGCCAUUAGGACUUGAUCGCAGCCUCCACAUGUCGCAUAUAUAUGAAGGAACGGUGACCAUAAGGUGAGGAAAGGUUAAAUUAAGAUCUUUUUGAUUAUUAUGACAAAAUACGACCACGAUUAUAUACAGCUAAGUUUCUCACUAAUGCUUACUGCAUGAAAAAAAAAAUAGCAGGAAAGCAAAGAAUAUUAUAGAGCCAUUGCUAUACAUGGGAGACCUUGGACCGGUAAACAUCAAGAGUCUAGUUUCUGCUAUGAUCAGUAAAGAUUACAGAAACAUGAUAAAAUCUAAAAAAAUGUGGAGAAAAACCCCUAUAACUCAUGGCAACUGAUGGUGCUUUUUUUUUUUCUUUUUGGUUGCAGAAGCUGGAAAAAAUCUUUUUGCCUAUGAUGGAUAGGAUUGCACCCUCAGGCAUUCUUGAAGGGAAGAGAAGGGUUGCCUCUAUAUACUGCUUGCUUAGUUUUGUAUUCCUAGUUAUAUUUCUUGUCUCAUUGAAGAACGCAUGUGUUUCACAUGAAGAAAAAUAAUGUAUACAUUUACUCAUGACUCCUCUUGGAUGCACGUUGACAUAAACAAGAUUAUUAGAGGGUAGGAUGGCCAUUGGCCAGUCGUGUCCAACGACAUAUGGGUAGGGUCGGAUGCAAUAUAUAUCAAACAUCUA